AUGCGUUCGCGCGACGACGACGCGGCCGUGGACGUGGACGCGGACGUGGGUGCGGAUGCGGCGGUUGACGGUGCUGACGGAAGAAACGCGCGGUUUUUGGCGCUCACGCGGGCGGGGAAGCCGGCGUGGGACUCUCGAGGGGUGUCGUCGGAGUCCGUGACGCUGUGUGCGGCCGUGCAGGCGCUGGCGGCGAACGCGGAGGCGCAGGGAGGUGGUGAAUUGGAGGGCGUGGAUUACGCGGGACGGGCGCUCGGGUGCGCGUCGACGUCGACGAUGAUUUACGUCGCGUCGAGCGCUGAGGGGGAAAGCGUUGGGGUGUUGCGGAAGAAAUUGAAGUACGUUGAAGAUGUGAUGACGUCGUGCGUGACGAACGCGGCUUUAGUGGGUGCUCUCGGGAAGAAUUCGCGGUUCGACGUUCGCAGAGCGAUGGCGGCGGCGACGCUCGCGGACGAGCGCCUACACGAGCUCGCGACGAGAGGAUUGAGAAGAGAUACGGCGUAUGUGUUCGAUACGUAUCGAACAGUCGGGAUGAGUCACGAGGUGCGACGAUCGGCGACGCGAGCGAUGGGUGACGCACUUCGAUUGGUGACGAAACCGUUCGCCGGCGUCGCGUUCGGGAUCGGUGACAGUCGAUUGGUGACGUACGUCAAACCCAGGGGACAUCGACCGCAGACGAUCUCGGCGAGAGACGUGAUGGUGUUGAUGAAUUACGCGCGCGCGACGUCGCGCUCGGCGGAAUCGAAGAAAGAGGGUGAGGAUGAGGGCGACGCCACUCACGCCGAGUCGUUUGGGCGCGUGUGCCUCCCCGAGUUCAAUCCGGAUGGGUUCAUGCACGCAUACGUGUCGUACAUAGAGGCGAAAAGUGGAGACACGGAAGCAAGAGAGGGCGACGAAGAGAAGAAUGACGCUGUCGCGUCCUCGUCGACGUCGCGCGAGCGCGUCGGUGUGUGUUUUCUGACGGCAUCCGCGGAAGCUCUCGAGGAGUGUCGCGCGGCGCGAGACGCGUUGGAGAAGCGAUUAAACGCCGACGACACGCUUACGACGAUCGCACGCGCGGCGCGUCGACAGUUACGCGUCUCGGACGUCCCCGAAGAUGUUCUCGGCAGGUACCAAGUCGAGCACGACGAACCGCUGUUACACUUUGUGUACAACCGUCCGGCGCGACAACAGCACGUCUCUUCGGCGUUCGCGUCGUCCGUGAGCGACGAUCGAUCCGUUGAGACGAUCACGCGCGCGUACGCGAUGAUGUACGAGAAUAUGACAGAGUUGGACGGAACCGUGGACGCGACGACGAAACCUCCGAUGGAGCACUCGGCGCAGCGCGUGCGGUACGAGCGUCGAAAGCGUGACUCCGUCCUCGCGUGCGUCGGCGGUGACUUUGAGAUUUAUCUCACCUUUAAGCCGAGCGCCACCGUCACCGUCGCCGUGGCGAUGUGUAACCGUCUGUGCGUCUGGCUCAGGGUAUCCGAGCCCGAGCUCUUCCUAGAAAACUUAGUAUAA